AUGCCUUGGUGGGGUUUUCGGCAUAUCACCACUUUGCUGCGCAAGUCGUUAAGCUCCGGUGAGCCACAUAGUGAGGCGACGUUGAUCACCGUUCUUGUCCUGACCACUUUCGAGGAAUCCAUCGGCGAUUGGGUCAACCUAAUCGGUCAUCAUCGAGCUGCCCAUGCUUUAGUGCGAGAAGUCCUCACACCGGAAUCGGCCAACACGAACGAGCUCCACAGCAAUAUCUUUCUUUGGUACGCGCGAUUCGACGUGGUCGCUGGGAUCCUGGCCGGAAACGAGACGAUCCUGGGUCGCGAAUGGUAUAUUGCGAAAGAACAGUUCGAUGCUCAGCAGGCAGCUAGCCACCCGGGCGAUGUAGAGAAGCAGUUGGCGCUGGCCAACUCGAUCAACCGUCGGUUUGGACUGGAAAUGGCUUCGCUAUAUGCCAAGUUAUCACGCGGGCUGAUCCCGAUCAGUGAGUUCAUUGUCGAAAACGAACAGCUGGGCCAAACGUUAGAGCGAGUGAAGAGCAUCCUGGACACAUUCAGCGAAUCCGAGUAUACCGUGCGAGACUAUCCCAACCGGAUUCCGUUGACAGGGGACGAUAUUGUGGAUCCGUAUACGCCAGGAGGGAUGUAUCACGGGCCCCUAUGGGACGUGAAUGUGGCAUGGAUCGACUACUACUCGACCAAGGCUAUGUACAAGUAUCAGACGCUCCUGUCCCUAAAACAAUCGACCAUGGAAGAACUCGGGGCGCUGGCGCUGGAACUGGCCCGGCUGAUGGAGUCGGUCGAUCGGUGGCCCGUGAAGGAAAAUGGGCAUCUGCUGGCGUUUAAGAACAGCAUCGGGAUGGCCGCCAUGUUUUUCCCCCGGGAAGAAAAAUACAUCAUGUGGGCGCGGAGGAAGUUUGCUCAGAUUGAGCAGAGCGGGUGA